AUGGUGGCAAAAGAUGAUUUGUUCGUCCUCAUUAUCUCCGUCAACCCGUUCCCAGCUUUAAAGUUCCACAAUGACAAGGAAAUUGACAGCUUCUACAGUCUGCACCCCACAUUGGGUCUGCCAUUCCUCGUGCAUCCUGGUUGCUUUAGAAAUUGGGAUUUCUUCUUGCUUUCGUGGCACAUAAUUUCUGGGCUCUUAGGAAAGGCUAUAUGUCUUCAAAGCAGUGAUAUAAUAUCAAGUUACUCGAAUUACGCUUAA